CAAGGAGCCUCUCUACCUGCAUCCAUAUCAAUCUGGAACCCUCGAGAGAGUAACCGACACGGUCUCUCGUUCGGUCCCCCUUGCUAUCCUUUCUCUCCCCUCCCCCCCCCCCCCACAACCCACUCCUCCUCCUGUGGAAGAAUCUGACCUAAAAAUCUUGAUCAGAGAGAUAUAUCUCGAAGCAGAGAAGGGAAGCGAGAUGGCUUUGAAUCCCCAGCUGUUCCCCAACGGGAUGCCCGUACCCUUCGUCGGCGAGAUGUUCGUUCUGGCCAGGGACGGCGUCGAGUUCGAGAUCGACAAGAUCCCCGGAGCUCAUAGUGGUUAUGUCAAAGCAAAGGGAACUAUUUACUUGUCAAAUAUACGUAUGGUAUUCGUUGCAAAGAAACCUGGUGGAAACUUUGUGGCUUUUGAUAUGCCCCUGCUAUACGUGCAUGGUGAAAAGUUCAACCAGCCAAUCUUUUUCUGCAACAACAUAUCAGGGUUUGUCGAACCUGUGGUUCCAGAUGAUCAGAACAGGGCACUCUACUCGACUCAUUCCUUCAAGAUUUUGUUUAAGGAAGGUGGAUGUGGAACUUUUGUCCCCCUUUUCUUGAAUCUCAUUGCAUCUGUGAGACAGUAUAAUCAGUAUGUUUCUAAUUCUGCUCCUACUGCUCCUCGUGUGGACCCACUUCAAGCUGCUCAGACUCCAGUUGAGGACAUGAUGAGACAUGCGUAUGUCGAUCCAAAUGACCCAACCAAAAUCUUUUUGCAGCAACCGAUGCCAGAAUCCCAAUUGAGAAGGAGAACUUACCAUUCCCAAUCUGCCGAAAAUUACUAAAUUUAGUGCUUAUGGUUCUCACAUGUGAUGAUACUGCAACUUUUACAUGCGAAUAAGAUUGUGAACAUAAAUGUGACCAUGUGAUAUAUUGUUUUUUCUUUUUGGCCAUAUGACAUUGUAUCCUAGUAAGUGUACCUGCAUAGUCUUUGUGAUAAAGUUUGACAUUGGAUGUAUGGAGGCAUCGAUUUCAAUAGAUGGUGUUUGUGCCAAGUUUCUACC